AUAGAGUGUACCGAGCGCACGGCCCAUAUACAAACUGUCAAUGACAAUCAAAGUAGCCAAAUCUGUCAAAAACGGAAUUGUGAAUAUUGUGAUUGUUGUUGCAUUCCGCUUUUUAUAUUUAACCAUUGAAUUACCUAUCUAUUUUCCAAUAUAAAAAACUUUUAUAAUGGCACAGUCAUCUUUACCUAACCCAAACACAUUGCUACCGCUCGAGCUGGUCGAUAAAUGUAUCGGUUCAAGAAUUCACAUUAUCAUGAAGAACGACAAAGAAAUGGUGGGAACUCUGCAAGGAUUCGACGAUUUUGUGAACAUGUUACUAGACGACGUCACUGAAUACGAAUCAACGCCUGAAGGACGGAAAAUCACCAAGCUAGACCAGAUUCUGUUAAAUGGAAACAACAUUGCCAUGUUAGUUCCUGGUGGCGAGAUGCCGGGAAGUGAAUCUUACGAUUGAUAGUGAUUUAACAUUACGUAGCUAUAAAUAAACUAAUUUCUUAAGCAAA